CUGGCCGCUAACGCGACCAACUAAAGCACAUAAACACUGGCUGAAAUAGCCAACUUGGCUGGAGGAGUCGUUAACGUCCAAUGUACAUGAACAGAAAUGUUUUCCUUAAUUAAGGAAAUGCCACUUGAACUUUAUUCUUUUGUUAAACCGACGUGUAUAUAAUGGUUUACGAACUUCAGUGUUUUAAGCAGCUUCUGAUUGUCGUAUUAGCAUCAAUCAAGGUGGUUGCAUAAGCUGGCUCAAAUAUAUAUCAAUAAACCAUUCUAAUUAAGACAUUUGUUAAGCAAUUAAAUUUAUGUAAAACAACAAAGCUCUUAAUACAAUAAGAUGGAUGCUAAAAGUACAAUUUGGAUGUGUUAUAAACGAUUUAUCUUUUUGGGAUUUAUAGCAGUUUCCAAGAAUCUGGUUUUGGCAACAGAUGGAUCAACGGGCGACCCAGAAAACCUCUAUACCGACAUUUCAACUGAUGUGUCCUUCACAAAUGACUCCGGAUUUAGAGAAGAGAGCCCUUGCCGGGAACCACACGCCCCCACAAAUGGUAGUGUGCACGUGUGGGGCGGGGGCUACUUGCUGGAGUACUCGUGCGAUGAAGGUCUCUAUCCACUUGGGGCCAUAUUCGCCUCGUGCGACCCGGAAACCAAACAGUGGACGGCCAAGAGGCCGCUGUGUGUGUCAUUAGAGUGCGAGCCUCCGAGCCCGUUGGAAAAUGGACAUUUGCACUUCUUGCAACGUGGAGCAAUCGUCAUAGCAACGUGUCGCUCAGGGUUCAACUUAAUUGGGUCCAGGUCGAGGCAUUGUAAUGGACAUUCAUGGCAAGGUUUUACACCGCGUUGUCGAGAAAGAUUCCCAUCCCUCGGGUUGCGACGCCAGGCGUAUGAAAAAGAUGAAACCUUGACCACUACUGCAACGCCCGCCCAACUAGCAGCAAAAAAAUUACAACAGGACAUCGAGAAGACCGAUAACACUUGCUACCUUCGUUUUACAGAACCUCCCAAGGUUGAACACGCCGUGGUAACGGCCAAUUACAUGUUCAAUCGCAUUCGGUCACAGUGGGUUCUGUUAGCAAACUACACGUGUAACCCUGGUUACAACCUUGCAGAUCCCUAUGUGAACUAUUUUUAUUGUAAGGACUACAAAUGGCAUGCUAAUAAGACACCGGAAUGCGUAGCAGAUCUGGAGAAGGCGAACUCGUGCCUUGCAAACAACGGAUGGUGUUCUCAUAUUUGUGUGCCGCACCGGGGUGGGAGAUAUCAUUGCGACUGUCCGUCGGGCUUCACCUUGGGGCGAUUCCGGAAGAUAUGCUACGACAUAAACGAGUGCGAAGUAAACAAUGGCGGGUGUGAGCAGAUCUGCGUGAACCUUGAGGCCUCGUUCUUCUGCACGUGUCAACCGGGAUACGUUGCUUCCGGGAAUCAAUGUCUAGAUAUAGACGAGUGCAAGUCUGAAGGUCUAGACCUUGGAUGUGACGGUACCUGCGUCAACGUCCCUGGGUCUUUCGAGUGUGACUGUGUCAACGUUACGGGGUAUACGCUGUCUGAUGAUAAAACGUAUUGCGUAGAUGCAGACGAAUGCCUGCUGGAUAAUGGAGGUUGCGAAGAUACAUGUGUCAAUACCCUAGGCUCCUUUCAUUGCUCGUGCCGAAAGAAAGGAUAUAAAUUAUCGUCAGAUGGAACAACAUGUGAAGACAUCGAUGAAUGCGAGAGAUAUUCCACGAACAGAUGUAAACAUGGUGCUUGCGUGAAUACAGAAGGGGGAUAUAGAUGCAAAUGUGACCCAGGCUUCACAACAAACGACAUCGGGGCAAAGUGCAUAGAUGUAGAUGAAUGUCAGGCUGACAAUGGCGGCUGCCAUGAAUUAUGCUCCAACACGUUCGGUGGCUUUGAGUGUAAGUGCAAGAGAAGAGGUUAUGCCAUCGGAGAAGACAAUAGAACGUGUCAUGAUAUUGACGAAUGUGCGCACAACCACGGAGGUUGCCAGGAGUCGUGUACAAACACUAUCGGAUCCUUCUAUUGCCUGUGUGUAAAUGGGUUUCGGGAGCUGGGUCUUGAUGGUCUGAGCUGUAAACCGUGCGACAGAGAUAGUUUCUACAGUGUGGCAGACCUCAGAUGCGUACGGUGUCCUGACAACAUGUUCGUUCAAGACCCAAACAACGCUACGUCGGCCUCACAAUGUGUUUGUCCCAACGGAUUCGCUCUGAUUGACAACGAUGGCAUUACUUGUGUAGAUAUAGAUGAAUGUGCUGCCAAAUUAUUACCGUGCCUUCACCGAUGUCACAACACAUUCGGCUCAGCACAUUGUGCCUGCAGAGAAGGAUUCUUUUUGUACAACACCACUGGCUGUGUUGAUAUAGAUGAAUGCCAUGAAGGUUCGGAAGCCUGUUCACAAGUUUGUCUGAAUACAGAUGGAAGUUUUCAAUGCGCGUGCACACCGGGAUAUGUACUGGCGACUAGUGGAAAGAAUUGCUACGACAUCGACGAAUGCCUCGAUGGUGUACUGAAUUGUGACCAGGAGUGUGUGAACACAGACGGAAGCUCGUACUGCGAAUGUUUCAACGGUUAUGCUUUAGACGCCGAUCGUGUGACGUGCUUAGAUAUUGACGAAUGUAAUACUGGCAAUCACCUCUGUGACGAUGUUUGCAUCAACACGGCUGGUUCCUAUCGCUGUGAAUGCACAAUCUACGGCCUCAAAUUGUCCUGGGACAAAGCGUCUUGUGUGGAUAUCAACGAAUGCAUGGAGGGCGAAAAUGAUUGUGUGGGUACGUGCGUUAAUACUUACGGCUCUUACACAUGCGAAUGUGAUGGUGCAAGCCCGUAUGCGGAUCAUAAUUGUAAAGCAAUAAACGAGUGUAAGAACCCAGAGUUAAACAGCUGUACACAAGAAUGCAUCAAAACGGAGAGUUCGUACAGAUGCGACUGCUACCUAGGACACGCCCUUAUUAACUUUAACACGUGCAUAGCGUGUGACAUGGGUUUUUAUCGAGACACGGACAGCGUGGAAUGCGUGGCGUGUCCUCCAAACUCUGUCACCGAAGGCAAUGGUUCGACAUCCCUGGCCGAUUGCACAUGUGAAGAGGGUUAUAUGGGAAACAUUUCUGAAGGAGAAAUAUGCACUCUUCCUUGAAAAAGUUAUUGAAGGGUUACGAUGUUAGGAAUAAAUAAGAAUCUAGAAGAUGGUUUUGGAAAUUGUGUUAGAUUUGAGAUGUACAUGUUGCCGUUUUUUAAGUGCAAUAUUUAAUAACUGCUUAAUUACAUUGAAAUGAUUUCAACUGCCAGUGAUUCUGACAACUUAUAAUAUUAAUAAAUCUGAAAAUGCACAGCUGUUCUAAGACAUGCGGUAAUUUACAAUUUAAAAUGUGUACAUGAAUGUUUAAAAUAUAAUAAAGAUUGCUGGUAAACUAUCUCAUAAAUCAUUACGAUAUCAUUCGUCUAGUAUUAUUGCAUAUUAUUGAGGUUAUAACUUACCUCUUAUUGUGUCGUUGAAACAAUUGUUUCUUUUCAUUAUUUGCGUUUUUGCAAUGUGUUGUAUUGUUCUUAAUGUUAUCAUAGUAUGUGCUUUUUGGACGACACAAAUUGUGAAACUUUUGAUUUACCAUAAUAAAAAAAUUCCUCCACGCAAACAUCUUGCAUGUGAUUUAGAUUUCUUUUUACGGGAAUCCAAGACACACAAUUUUAACAAUUCAUUGAAAAUAAUAUUAUCACGAUUUCGUUCACUUUUACAAAAUGUUAAAAACUAUCUGAUCAUAACCCUUCAUUAAUUUUUUUUAUCCCUUAAAUAUUGAUGUUUCGGUUUCCUACCGGCACAUCGUAUGAUUAAGAUAAGAAGAUUGUGAAUACUUUUAUUUUUGUGUCCUCGUAUUUUAUAGAAUGAUCGUCAUACAGUAAUUUAAUUAUAAUAUUUACUGACCAUAUUCUAAAACGUAUCGAAACUUCGAAAGCUCUUAGGAGGGGGAAACUUAACUAAACUGGCAUAAAACAGGUCAAAAGAAGUUCAUGUAAGUAAAUUCAUAAUUGUUUAAAACUUAAUUUUUAAAUUCUAUGAAGUCAUAACAAUACUUCAAUAAAUCGUAUACAUGUACUGUCGUUUUAUGAGAGCCAUUUAUCAUUUUACCUACACACGAACAGGAAAUUUCUCAAUUUUCUUAACACAUUAAUCGGUAUCAGAUUAAAGUUGUGAAAUGUUGCAGUCAUUUUUCUGCAGUCAACAUUUACAAAUCAGACAACACUUCUUAAAAUUAGAGUGAACUAUUGUUUGUUGCAUAUUUUCAUUUGUAUGACUGGUAAAUGUACAUUUGUUUGAUAUGUUUUAAAUUUUUGAAACUUUUAACAACGUUAAAAACCUGUGUAUGCUUAAGAACAAGACAGAAUGGCAUAACGAUUUUUAAAUUGCUUAUUUCACUAGAAUUAUAAAAUAAAUUUACUGAUUACAGCAAACUAUUCUAGUUCUGUUGUCGAACCUUGCUACGUAACAUAUUUUAAUAUAACCAUUCAAAUAUUAA